GGGUUGAGAUGACAGUUCUUCAGCCUGCCAAAGUCGUCGACUUCCUGGAGACGAGGGCGAAGGAUCUCGAGAGAAACGCGUUGUUGCAGCUGACGGCCGAUCAAGUGAGAGGCGCAGGCGAGCCUUACACAUCUGUGUAUCUGUACAUGCUUCACGGAGACGAGUUGCGGCUGGAGGCAUUUUCGGGCCGGGAGACUGAGCACGACAGAAUCAAAGUAGGGCACGGAGUCUGUGGUACCGCAGUGGCGGAAGGAAAGGACCAAAAUGUGCCCGAUGUUAGGGUUCGUGAGAACUACAUUGCCUGCAAUCGCUUCACCAGAAGUGAGCUCGUAGUUUUGAUCCGCAAAGGUGGUGAAAUUCUGGGUCAGAUUGACAUCGAUAGUGAUGUCCCAGAUCCCUUUUCUGAGGACGAACAAUCUGCACUGAAAACUGUCGCUGAUUUCUUAGGGCGGAUACUGUGAUUGCCCAACUGCUAGAUCUGUACCUUGCCUCGAGGAGGUCAAUUUAAUCUUUCUUGCCUGCCCCUUCGCUUCACAGACAUACGGGAAAUUGGGAAGCAUUUUGCUCUUGCAUGAUCAAAGACAGUACUCUGCUUUUGAAUGAAGUCAGGAUGACAAGAUUGAUUCAAGGAUACCCGAGAAUUCUCGGCUGGUUAAGGUCUCGUGGGACAGUCAAUCCCUUGUAAGAGCUGGAGUUGUGAAGUGAUUGCUUGUCAGAGCUGGUUGCUGUCAACGCCCUGCAACCUUUAGAUUUUCAUUUCUUUUUGUUGAUUCGACUUGUCCACUUCUAUGUUUCGUGAUUAGCCUUAAGUACAAAACCCUCUUAUUCAAUCGGCAGACGAAAUUUAUCAUAAAACUAUCUAAUGGACCUGUUCCAAAACCCACAGAUAUAUUUCCUGAAAGUAAGCAUUAUACCACUUACUAGAUAUACCUGUUUCUCUGUGCCGUCGUAUUCGGGAUCGUCGGACAUAGGCUGGAAUCGGGAAAAUCAUUUGAAUGCUGUGCCGGUCCCAUUCGUAACCACCGUCUCUUAGUGGAAAGACGCACAUCCAGCACUCGCUGAUGCUCUGCUUUCGAGAAUACUCUGCAUCCCAACCGCAUGCGGAAAGCUUCAGUUUCGGACAGACGAACGAACGCCGGAUGACUUGCAACCUCGGAGUCAGUGGACCGAAACUCGCGGACGAACAGUUCGUUCUCCACGAGAGAUCACGUCGCUGGGUACUUGUAGCGCUUCUCCUGCAAGUGAGCGUAGUCUUCAGCCUCCCAGAUCUUCUCUUCAUCGUGAAACUCCCCGAUGGAAACGGUCCUUCUACUGACCCAAAAAGUGCUCGACGUGCUGGCGCGGAAUCGAGGGUUAUCGUUC